AUGUACCCCCGCCGGCGGAGGCGGCUGCUCCCGCGUCUAUUAUUGCUCAUCUCCGGCGUCGUCCUGUACUUUCUUAUCUUCGGUCUUCCGUCGCCCCCACCGACAACAAACAACAAUCGCGCGGACAAAAAGGCGCCCGACUACGACGUCGAGAGUACCCCCCGUUAUCUAUAUCGCUCGUCCUUCCGGUCGGACCCCGACCUCAGCUUCGAGAAGAAUGUCUCCGACGCGCUGGUUGCGAUCGAGACCGCCGUGCGACAGGUGCGCAAGGGCGACGACACCGCACAGCGACAUAUCUGGCAGAUACAUCUGGGACGGGAAAAAUCCAAACGGGGACAAGACUCGCUGCUAUUCCAGCAGGUGAAUCGAGAUCAAUGGGACUAUUCCCUCGUAACCACCCUCUACGCAAAAACCUUCAUCAACACCGUCUUCGCGUCCGUCCCCGAGCUCCAAACCCUCUACAAAUCCUACCCACACCACGUCCUCCGCGCCGACCUCCUCCGCUACCUCCUCCUUUGGUACUACGGGGGUUUCUACGCGGACACAGACGCAUUCCCCGCGCGCUCAAUCGCCAACUGCCCAGCGCUCCUCCCCUUCUUCGACGCGAACGACACCCCACAAGCACACUCGCUGGUCCUAGGCGUCGAGAUCGACGAACCGCACGCGUCAGCACAGCUCAAGCGCGACUGGCACUGGAGCCGCAGCUACGGGUUCGGGCAGUACACGAUGUUCGCGCCGCGACGGUUCAGCCCGAUCCUGCGGGAGGCGAUCGUGCGGGUGCUGUCGCACACGCGGCAGCAUCGGCAGCGACAUGGUGGGAUGCUGGGCGCGGAGCCGUCUUACGACGAGCCGACUAUUUUGGAGGUUACGGGGCCUGGGGUUUUCACGGAUGCGGUUAUCGAUGUGCUGUCACAGACGCUGGCGCCGACGCAUUGGCUUGUACGGCGGUCGGUGGCUGCUGAUGAGGGGAUUGGGGAUUUAGCGGAGGAGGAAGGGGGGUAUGGCUCGCGGCGGGUGACGUGGGCUCCGUUUCAUGAGAUGAGGGAUCCGUUGUGUAUUGGGGAAGGGGAGGGGGAGGCCGAGGGUGAAGACGGCGGUCAUGGGGGUUUGUGUGUGUUGCCGGUUAGUGUGUGGGGGAAUGGGCAGCGACAUAGCUCUGCGGAGGGGUUUGGGAGUGCCCAAGCUUGUGUGAAUCAUCGGUUUGGGAGGGUGUGGAAGAAAGGGUGGUGGGAGUAUUUGUUUGGGUAG